AAUUUAGCAGAAUGGCUGCUGUGCUUACUAGAGGUCGAGCUCCGGCUCAGUACCUCUCUGUUCAUCUAAGAAAAUCAUUCAUCCGUCGGGCCUCAAAAAAUGCUUAUUAUGUUCUUUUGCCUGAAAUUCCCCCAGACACAGCUGAAACAAAUGCUGUGAUGAGAACAGAUCAACUUCCACAAUUCUCUGAGAUUACGCCCAAAAAAUGUGUUGCAGCUUGUGCUAAACUCGCCAUUGAAUUUGAAACAAAACUUGAAUCUCACAUUGAGAACUUGAAAGAUUUAAAAAAAGGCAAAACAUUUGAAGAAGUUUAUCAUCCACUUGAAGAAAUAGUUAUUCCACUCAACACAGCAUGGGCAACAGUGAAAAAUUUAAACUAUGUUGCAGUAUCUGAAGAGUACAAUAAAACUUUUUUAAGGGUUCAUCCUCAAAUUGAAAGAGCAAAGAAUGAAAGAUGGGUUAAAGACACAUUGUAUUAUGCUUUUAAAGAGUUGGAUGCCAACCGUAGCAACCUUACUGCUCAUCAGAAACGACUUGUUGAUCUAUACCUUUUAGAAGGAAAGUUAAAUGGAAUGGAGUUGUCUUCAACAGAAAAAACACAACUUCUAGAAAUUGCCAAAUUAAUAAAACAAGAGGGAAAUAAUUUCAGAAAUAAAGUGCGAAUAUCCACAGACAUGUUUUCACAUGAUGUCACAGACUUCAAAAGUCUGGAAGAAAUGCCAUGGCCACUAUUGACUCAAAUGUCUAAAGAUCGGAUGAAUCCAACUAAAGGCCCUUGGCGAGCAACACUGCAGCCAGUUUGCUAUCAAUCUAUGAUGGCUUACUGUAAUGACAGAAUGAUCAGGUGGAACUUGUGGAAUGCAUAUCACAACCGUGCUUCAGUUUCUUAUGCUAGUAGUUUUUUAAACAACAAUAAACUUAUUGAACAACUUAGAACACACAGGUUAGACUUAGCCCAGAUGCUUGGGUACAGUAAUUUUGUGGAGAUGUCAAUGGAGACCAAAAUGGCAAACUCUGCAGAGAAUGUCCUCAGUAUGAUAGAAACACUAAAGCAAAGAUUUGCACCCAUCUUUUUUGAAGAAGUAGCCCAAUUACAGAAGUUUGCUGAGUCUGAAGGUUUUAAGCAUUCUUUAGAAAUGUGUGAUAUGAGUUACUGGCAAAGACGACAGAAAGAGCAUCUUUAUGGACAACACAAAGAAAAAGUUGCUGAGUAUUUCCCUGUAAACACAGUGUUGUUGGGUUUGUUUGAUCUUUGCACAAAACUUUUUGGAAUAACAUUUGAGGAGGUUACACCUAGUAUUGAUUUAUGGCAUUCUGAUGUUAGAUUUUUCAACAUAAAUGAUGAAGAUGGAAAUCACAUCAGUUCUUUUUACUUUGAUGCUUUUUCAAGGCCAGAGAAAACAUCUGCACCAUACAUGGAUGUUGGUCGAGAAAAAAGUGAGUUGAUGAAAACUUGGCCCUAUUCUUAUCUCUCAUUGAAAAUUCCCCGACCUCCUACUUCAUCUGAUCCUGCCCUAAUGAGGUUUGAAGACGUGCAGACACUGUUUCAUGAGUUUGGUCAUGGUCUUCAGCAAUUACUGACUACAGUCCCCUAUAGUGAAAUAUCUGGUCAAAAGAAUAUUGAAUGGGAUGCAGUACAAGUGUGUGCAAAGUUUAUGCGUCAGUGGUUAACAGUACCAAGUGUUAUCAAAUCUCUCAGUGGGCACUGGCAAACUCAGGAAAAAAUACCAGAUGAUUUGUUAAGGAAUGCUUUAGAAGCAAGCAACCAUUCUUAUAAUUUUGAUAUGAUGUAUCAGCUCUACAUUUCUGCUUUUGAUAUGGAAAUAUAUAUGACAAAAUCACAUUGGAAAGCAAUUAUGUCAACGUUGUGGAGUAAAUUUUUACCUUUUCCUUUGGAUGAAAAUGACAACCUGCCUUGCUCAAUGACACCUAUCUUCUGUGAAUUGUAUCCAGCAGCAUAUUAUUCUCAUAAAUGGUCUGAGAUGAUUGCUUGUGAUUUAUUUGCUGCCUUCAAAGAGGUUGGUCUUAAUAAUGACAAAGAAAUACAAGCACUAGGGAGGAGAUUCAGAGAAACAUACUUGUCAAGUGGAGGUGGAGUACCUGCUAAUGAAGUCUUUCGUAAAUUCAGGGGUCGUGACCCAUCAAUAAAUUCUCUACAACCUUUAAAUUUUUCUUCUUGAGAACCUCUGUGAUUUUAGUAUUGAAGCUUUGCGUUUGAGUGUCAUUGCAUUUUCAAACUGUGAAUUAAAACAGCUUUUAGCCAUUCGAUUUUUAUGUGAGCAUGAACAAGUAAGAAAAAAAAAUAUUAUUUUCUGGUAAUUCUAAUUAUUUAUAAAUAUUUUUUUAUUAAAAAGUGACAUUUAAAGAUCUUUUAUUGUAAUGAAUUCUUUAUUUUGCGCAUAAAAUGGUUUCAAAAACUCUUUCUUUUUUAUUAAAAAUCUAAACACAUAGCAAUACUGUUUUUUAAAUACUUUCUUUUAAAAAUCUAUUUAAAGAAACACAGAAUGGGAUUGACUUGUUAAAUACAUUUUCAUUGUAAAUAUUUAUUCAUUUAUAUACAUCAUAUAGAUGCAUACAUCUGGUUCCUCCUACAAAUACUACUGUAUCCAAUUACUUUGUCAAUAUUCUUAUUUCAUUCAAACAAUGAGAUUUAGAUAUGUUUUGAGAAAGCUUAGUUUAACUGUGGGAAAUAGAUCAGCCUCCUUUCUAUUCUUCAUACUAAUUUUAAUUGAUACAUUUUAAAAAUCUAUCAAAAAUAUUACUUUUAAAUUGUAGAUUUAUUGUAAAUUUCAUUUCAGAGGUAGGCAUAUGGUAAUAAUCUAAAAAAAAAAAAAUGAAAAUUCUUUUAGAUAUUAAAUGUAAUAAUAACAUCUUUGAAAGGUAUUAAAUUUAAAUGCGUCCAGUUUUUUUUUUAGACACCCUUUCUAAAAGAAGUUCAUUAAUACAUAUUGAAAACUUCUUUAAAAAUGUGAAUGAUUGUAAAAUGUUAAUUUUUCUUUCUACAUGAGUAUCUGUUAUUGAAAGUUUAUGUUUGAUGUAAAUUGACGAAUAAAACUACUUUUAAAAAAUUA